UGACUCAUCACCCUUUACUGGAUCUUCAAGAAAACUGCUUCCUCUGUUUUACAUUAUUUACCUCUCAAACAUUUCUUUCUUUUUACUUUACAAGGUUCAGACAUUUUAGUCACUGCUGCUGCGAACUUAUUUGGUUGGUAGCGAAUAACUGAAUUCUCGUCGAAAUUAUACAUCAGCGUCAUGUUUUGGAUGUGAAUUUACUUUGUUUGUUAGUUUUUUAGAAAACGAUGGGGAGCUCAGACGGGAAAGUUGUUGCUGUGAUCAUGGCGGGUGGGCCCACUAAAGGCACUCGGUUUCGUCCGCUGUCAUUGAACAUUCCGAAGCCUUUGUUUCCUUUGGCCGGACAACCUAUGGUUCAUCACCCGAUUUCUGCUUGUAAAAGGAUUCCAAAUCUAGCCCAGAUUUAUCUAGUCGGUUUCUAUGAGGAGCGUGAAUUCACAUUGUAUGUGUCAUCAAUCUCUACUGAGCUAAGAGUUCCAGUUAGAUACUUAAAGGAAGAUAAGCCACGUGGUUCUGCUGGGGGGCUUUACAACUUCAGAGAUCUGAUCAUGGAAGACAAUCCGUCUCAUAUCUUCUUGCUGAAUUGUGAUGUUUGCUGCAGUUUUCCACUCCCAGAAAUGCUCGAGGCUCACAAAAGAUAUGGUGGCAUGGGGACUAUCCUAGUAAGCAAGGUUUCAGCUGAGUCAGCCAGUCAGUUCGGGGAGUUGGUAGCAGAUCCAGUCACCAAUGAACUGUUACAUUAUACAGAGAAACCUGAAACUUUUGUAAGUGACCGAAUCAACUGCGGUGUGUAUGUGUUUACACCAGAUAUUUUUACUGCUAUCCAAGGUGUUUCCUCUCAACGGAAAGACAGAGCCAAUCUGAGACGUCUUUCCAGCUUUGAAGCCCUCCAGUCUGCUACAAGGAAUCCUCCAUCAGGUUUUGUAAGGUUGGAUCAAGACAUCCUGACGCCUUUUGCAGGGAAGAAGCAGUUGUAUACAUAUGAGACCAUGGAUUUCUGGGAACAGAUCAAAACCCCGGGAAUGUCCUUAAAGUGUUCUGCUCUGUAUCUUGCCCAAUUUCGGUUCACCUCUCCCAAUCUUUUGGCUAGUGGGGAUGGUACAAAAAAUGCCACCAUUAUAGGAGAUGUUUAUAUUCAUCCAUCAGCAAAAGUUCAUCCAAGUGCCAAGAUCGGCCCCAAUGUUUCAAUAUCUGCUAAUGCUCGUAUCGGAGCUGGUGUAAGGCUCAUCAGUUGUAUCAUUCUUGAUGGUGUUGAAAUCAUGGAAAAUUCUGUCGUUGUUCAUGCAAUCUUAGGGUGGAAGUCUUCUAUCGGGAAAUGGUCUCGUGUUCAGGCUGAAGGAGACUAUAAUGCCAAACUCGGAAUCACAAUUCUUGGAGAAGCAGUGGCUGUUGAAGAUGAAGUAGUAGUCACCAACAGCAUCGUUCUUCCGAACAAAACGCUAAAUGUCAGCGUUCAAGAUGAAAUACUUCUAUGAUACUUGUAUCCGUUCCUGAUUUGUCGGCUGCUUUCUAUCUGCAUUGGGAAAUCAUGGUAUUCCAUAAGUUUACUCGUAUGUAAACAUUGAUAUGUUCGAAUUAUAGAAUAAAUGUAAUUUUAGAAAGCUUAUUA